AUGUUCGCAUACACCUCAAAAAUUGCUCUUGCAGUGGCUCUGAGUGUGAUCCUGACUAAGGGAAUACAGUCGGUGGGCGAGUGGUGGAUGAUCCUGAUCAUCACCGUAGCUCUGCUGUGUCUACUCAUCACUGUUAUCAUCAUCUGGAGGCAACCACAGAGCGGCGUCAAAGCUGCCUUCAUGGUUCCUCUGCUGCCGGUGCUUCCUGUGGUUAGCACCUUUGUGAAUGUUUAUCUGAUGGUUCAGCUGGGAGCAGAUACGUGGAUCCGCUACUCCGUCUGGAUGGCAGUAGGUCUGCUGAUCUAUUUCGGCUAUGGAGUUUGGCACAGCGUCCAGAAGAAACGUGAAGAAGCUCCUCCCCGUAUCCCGGUUAACACACUGAUAGAAACGGCUCUGUAACGACUCUAAACUGAGUCACACACACACACACAC